UCAGAGGUACAGGGUUAGGUCAUGGUUGGCCACGUGAUUCUAAGCAGCUCAACCAGGAAUCGCGCUGGUAAACAGGCCAGCGUGUGUUCUUCAACACUUCAGAGUAACUGUUCUUAUUUUGGCCCGUAGGCCAGUUUCUGCUCCAGCAUUUAACUUCCACCCAGCAUGGAUGAAAACACUUCGAAGCUGCUAGUGAAGCUCACUCAGGACGGACAGUUGGCCGCGCUGGAGAAACACAUAACAUUAGGCGGCUCGACUGCGGCGCAAACUGUCAGUGGCAAACACUUCGGCAAGUCGGGAGACACCUUGCUGCACUACGCCGCAAGGCAUGGACACCUGGACAUUGUAAAGUACCUGAUAAAGAGGGUUGGCUUGGAUGUAGAGGUGUACAACAACGACUAUAAGAGGCCGCUACACGAAGCAGCCUCCAUGAGCCACAAGGACUGUGUUAGCUACCUGCUCCAAGAAGGCGCCAAAGUGGACAGUCUGAAGAAGGCUGACUGGACUCCGCUGAUGAUGGCGUGCACUCGGAGGAACCUGGACGUGAUCCAGGAGCUGCUUUGCCACGGUGCCGACCCCGCGCUGAGAAACAAGGACGGCUGGAACUCCUUCCACAUCGCCUGCAGAGAGGGAGACCCUGUGGUCAUACAGCACCUGCUCCUUGUUGCACCAGACGUCUGGAGGACGGAGAGCAGGACACGCAGGACGCCACUACACACCGCAGCAAUGCAUGGAUGUGAGGAGGUGGUUAAGGUCUUGCUGGACAGAUGUGGCUACAUGCCUGACAGCACUGACAGCUGUGGAGUCACGCCUUUCAUGGACGCCAUCAGGAAUGGACACAUCUCUGUGGCCAGGCUUCUUUUGGACGAGCACCAGGCAUCUGCAGCAGCUGCUGACAUACUCGGGGCUCAGCCAGUGCACCAGGUAGCCGUCACAGGCCAGGAUGAGGCUCUGCGGUUUCUGGUGAAGGACUUGAAUGUCGAGGUGAACCAGAGGGCGACCAGCAUCCAGCUCACCGCCCUGCAUUACGCUGCCAAGGAGGGCCACACGUCCACUAUAAACACACUGGUGGAGCUGGGAGCGGAUCCUCAUGCCCGGGACAAGAAGGGGAGGACUGCUCUUCACAUGGCGUGCAUUGGGCAGCACGCAGACGCAGCCAGGACGCUCCUGCAGCUCGGCCUCAAAGAUUCUGAGGAUGCAUCCGGCACAACCGCCAGGCAGCUGGCCAGGAAACCCCACGUAGUGCAAGUGUUUGAACGUGACCUGGCACACAGACCCUAAUCAAUCCUUGAAACAUUGAGUUCUUAAUUUAUUGAAAUAAAGAAAAGCUGAAGC